UGCUCAGUGGUCGGGAAGCUGCUUGGCAUGCAGAAGGGCGCAGGGUUCAAUCCCCGGCACCUCCGCGCAGGGCUGGGAAAUCAUGUCCCCCGCUUAAAAAGCUCUGGAGAGCCGCUGCCAGUCAGUGUCGGCGAGCUAGGUGGCUGUACACAAGGCAGCUUUCCAUGAGCUUAUGUGCCUGUGAUCCUUUACAGACACAAAGAUGUGAUGCUGGAUUAAAGAAGGGAUCAGAAACAUCUGGAAGAGGGCCACAGGCUCCCCAACCCCGAUUUCUUUGGCUGCUGUCCUUCUAUUAGAUCGAAAUUAAAGGAUGACAGUCACUGAUCUCCAGUUCCUUAGAGAGGUUUGCAUGUGGAAGAAGAAGCACAAAGGCAAUUUGAAGACACUGAGAAGUGCAAUUUUAAGGGAAUUGGGUUGCAACACCCUGACAUGGUUGUUAGCGGCCUGGUUUGGGCGGAAGGAUAAUGGGCACCGGAGAGUGUUGUUUUUGCAAGAGUUAACGUCACCUGCAAAAAAAGUGGGUGACUGCGCCUUCUUCCUGUCCUCCAGGUGAAAUGCUGCAGUGGCUUUUCUGGAUCCCAGCAACAACAUGCAGGAGAACUAUGAAAAUGUGAUCUCUCUGGCGGAGGAAAUUGCAAUCAGCUGGCCCCGGAUCACCGCAUUUGCCGAGUCUCACAGAAGAAGAGGAUUGGCACCUGUUUCCUUUCCCAGACCUCAGCAGUUAUUGGAUUCUCUCGUUGUUCCAGCAGAUGAUGGGAUGGUGAGUGAGAAUGAGAACGGGAACGAGGAGGAGGAGGAGGAGGCGGCACCACAGGACGGAGAAAGAGAGGGUGGAGGGGAUGUUGCCAUUGAGAAGGUGGAGGCCCAAAAGGAUCUCCCGCCGGAGAACACCAAGGAGUCUCUUGAGCCUGAGCUGAAAGCCAGCGAGGAAGGCCCAGACCAGGUGGCCUUAGAUGAGCGGCCAAGGAAGCCCCUGGGGAAGAGACAGGCCAAGUCGACCGUCCACCGCGCUUUCAAGAAGUUCUCCCCACGCAGCCACCACCACCACCACGGCCUGCUGGGCCACGCCGGUCGGUGCCACAGCUGCGGCAAGGGCUUCGGCUUCGGAAAGCGCUCCCGGCUGCACAGCGCCGCCGGCCUGGAGAAGCCCUACAAGUGCAGCGAGUGCGGCAAGGGCUUCCGGCUACACUCCACCCUGGCGACCCACCAGCGCCGCCACACCAGCACCAAGCCCUACCGCUGUGCCGAGUGCGGCAAGAGCUUCAGCGUCGGCUCGGCCUUCAUCCAGCAUCAGCGCACCCACGCGGGCAAGUGGUGCGGGCCCGGCCAGGCCAGGCCCUGCGAGUGCAAUGUGUGCGGCAAGAGCUUUGGGCUGCCGGCCCACCUCAUCAAACACCAGAAGCAGCACCUGGAGGAGAAGCCCUACAAGUGCCAGGAGUGCGGCAAGGGCUUCAACUGGAACUCUCACCUGGAGCGGCACCGCCGCAUCCACACCGGAGAGAAACCGUACGCCUGCGAGGACUGCGGGCGCGCUUUCGCCUGGAGCUCCCACCUGGAGCGCCACCGGCGGACACAUUUCGGUGGGCUCCAGAAGGCCUCCUCGUGCAGCUGUUGCAUGGCCGCAGCCGCCGCACCGGCCAGCAAAGCCAGCACCAAACCCUACCGGUGUGAUGACUGCGGCAAAGGCUUCAACAAGAACGCGGCCCUGUCCAAGCACCGCCGUGCUCACCAUGCCGCAGAGAAGCCCUACGUCUGCCAGGACUGUGGCAAGAGCUUCGGUCUGAACAGCGCCCUGCUGCAGCACCGGCGGACGCGGCACCCGGACGACUCGGCCAAGCCGUAUGCCUGUGGCGACUGUGGCAAGAGCUUCGCCUGGAGCUCCCACCUGGACCGGCACCGGCGCAUCCACGCCGGCGACAAGCCUUACCGAUGCGAGGACUGUGGGAAGGGCUUCUCCCAGAGCUCCCACUUGGAGCGGCACCAGCGGGUGCACAGGAGCACCGAGCGCCCACUAUGCCGCUGCGCCGAGUGUGGGUUCGCAGGGGCACGGCAGCAGCGUCGGCGAGGGGCCCUGCUGGCCUGUAAGUGCAGCGACUGUGGCAAGAGCUUCCUAUGGCGGCGCCCGGCCUGCAGCGAGUGCGGGAGGGGUGGGGGGGAGGGCGUGCGGCACCAAGGGACGCAGACGGGCGAGAAGCCCUACUCCUGCCUGGACUGCGGGAAGUGCUUCGCCCAGAACUCGGCUCUGGCCAAGCACCGGCGCAUGCACACCGGGGAGAAGCCGUACAAGUGCGCAGAAUGCGGGAAGAGCUUCGGCGUCCGCUCCAACCUGCUGAAGCACCAGCGCACACACCUGGGCGAGAAGCCCUACAAGUGCGCCGACUGCGGCAAGGGCUUCAUUCAGAAGUCCGACCUCACCAAGCACCGGCGCAUGCACACCGGCGAGAAGCCGUACCGCUGCGACGCCUGCGGCAAGUGCUUCAGCGUCAGCUCCAAUCUCAUCAAGCACCAGCGCAUCCACCUGGGCGAGAAGCCCUACGCCUGCGGGGAGUGCGGGAAGGCCUUCAUCCAGCGCUCCGAGCUCACCAUCCACCAGCGCACCCACACCGGGGAGAAGCCCUACAAGUGUGGCGUCUGCGGCAAGUGCUUCAGCCGCAGCUCCCACCUCAACCGGCACCAGCGCACCCACAGCAACAGCAAGGCCUCCUCGGCCGGCAGCGCCGGGGCGGCCCACACCACACUGCUGGCCGUCAGCGCUGCCAAACCUGCCGCUCCCCUGCCCGCCUCGGCCUUCUCAGCCUCCUUUGCUUCACCUGGGCCCCUGCCCGCCCUGCCUUCCUUCCCUGCUUCUCCAUCGUCCCUCCCAAUCCCUUCUUUGGACCUGCCCUGGGCCCUGUCCUUUCCUUCCCGAAGCUUCCCGCACCCCUCCUUCCCUUCCCCUGCCCCUUGAGGGGCCCAGGCCUCAUCUCUGAUCAACUAGCUUCUCCUUCCAGAAGUCAUAGAAUCAUAGAAUCAUAGAGUUGGAAGAGACCACAAGGGCCAUCCAGUCCAACCCCCUGCCAAGCAGGAAACACCAUCAAAGCAUUCUUGACAUAUGCCUGUCAAGCCUCUGCUUAAAGACCUCCAAAGAAGGAGACUCCACCACACUCCUUGGCAGCAAAUUCCACUGCCGAACAGCUCUUACUGUCAGGAAGUUCUUCCUAAUGUUUAGGUGGAAUCUUCUUUCUUGAAGUUUGAAUCCAUUGCUUCGUGUCCGCUCCUCUGGAGCAGCAGGAAACAAUCUUUCUCCCUCUUCCAUAUGACAUCCUUUCAUAUAUUUGAACAUGGCUAUCAUAUCACCCCUUAACCUUCUCUUCAAAGUCAUUGGACUUUGGCUCCCCUCAGCCCCAGAGCCAGCAUGACCAGUGGUCAGGGGAUGAUGGGAGUUGUAGUCCAGCAGGAUGGGGAAGGCUUCUCUCCGCACUCUGUUAUCCUCCCUUUUCCUGAGGAACUGGGACUCUCUUUUCCCUGGUGACACAGUUCAUAGGCUUCAUGUGUCGCCCUUCCUAUUCUCUGUUCCCUCUGAUCAGGCCCCAUAACAUCCUCCCUGUUGCCUUCCUGCCCUGCUUGGGGGCUUCUUAGAAACACCUGGUUAUCCUCUGUGGGGAACAGGAUGGUGUACUAGGUGGGCUUUUGGUCCAAAGCACCAGGGCUUUUCUUAACGCUCCUCAGCAUGGCUUCAGGUGUUUGCCUCAGAAAUUGGCCAUAUUCUGUUCCGUCCUUUUCUGCUCAGUGCCCUUUCCCAGCCGCCUCAUCUUCUCAGCCAGGUUCUUCCUUGGCAGGAGACAUUCCAACUCCUUUGUUUGUUACUCCUUUGCAGUCCUGUUUUAAAAUUUUCAGUAGUUCAGCUGGAAUAUCAUCACUUCCACUUGCCUUGUUAUUAGCAGUGCUUUCUAGGGCCCAUUUGACUUCACUCUCCUUGCAAGAUGUCUGGCUCAAGGUCAGCAACCACACCUCCAUAUCUUUCUGGUACAAUUCCUCUGUGUAUUCUUGCCACCUCUUCUUGAUGUCUUCUGCUUCGGUUAGGUCCUUUCCACUUUUGUCCUUUAUUAUGGUAAUCUUUGUAUGAAAUGUUCCUUUCAUAUCUCCAAUUUUCUUGAACAGAUCUCUAGUUUUUCCCAUUCUGUUAUUUUCAUCUAUUUCUUUGCAUUGCUCAUUUAAGAAGGCCCUCUUGUCUCUCCUUGCUAUUUUUUGGAAAUCUGCAUUCAAUUUCCUGUAUCUUUCACUAUCUCCCUUGCAUUU